AUGACAAACCAACAUCUAAGAGAUAACCAGAUUGGAUUUUUGCAAAGAUGUUCUGAAUGUUUUCUGAUUGUGCAGGACUUUUUACAUGACAGACUGCAUUGUGAUAUUCUGAAUGGUGUUUGGACGUCAGAUACUCAUAGGAAUUACCAAUUUGAUCCAGAGUUAAGAGACUCUGUCAAAUCAAAAGUGGUUCUCAGUAUGGAGAAACUAGAAAGUUCCAUAGACUUACAUGGUCUACAAGAAAUUGCAAUAUCAUAUAAUGGAGGAAAAGACUGUCUUGUAAUGUUGAUUUUGUUGAUGGCGACUAUCCACAAGAAAUUCUCUUCCUCAGAAAUGAAUAAUCCUUCUGUGAAUAUUUUGCCUCCUGAUUACAAACUUGACUCGAUCUAUAUUAAUUCCGAAACACCGUUUCCCCAGUUGGUGGAUUUUAUCACUUCGUCGACUGAGUAUUACCAUUUGAAUCCAAUAAUUAUACAAAAAUCGUUAAAAGAUGGUUUUGAAUACUAUCUAAAUGAAGUCAACCCAAGAGUAAAAUCAGUGGUCGUUGGAAUUAGGCAUUCUGAUCCGUAUGGAGAGACUUUGCAAUACGAACAAAUGACUGACCAUAAUUGGCCCAAGUUUUUACGAAUUCAUCCAAUUUUACAUUGGAACUAUGUUGAUAUAUGGGAUUUUCUUAUUGGAUGUGAUGUCAAAUAUUGUGAAAUGUAUGAUCAGGGAUAUACUUCUCUUGGUGGUAUUAAUAGCACUGUUCCAAAUCCAUUACUAAAAUUACCGAAUGGCAAAUACCAACCAGCAUAUAUGCUUAGAGAAGAUGCCGAUAAUAAUGAGCGGUUAGGUAGAGUUAAAAAAUAG